AUGUAUGUGCUACGUACACUCUGUCAAGUUGUGGCACUGUGUCUGUGGGCAUGUAAAAGGAAAAAAAAAAACUUUAAGAAAAAAUACAGGGGAGAGGUCCCUCAGGAAUCCUCCUGGAUACCUAAGGCACAAAGUAUAGAUUGGUCUCCAGGAUCACUUGAAGAAUUUCAGAAAACAGAGGAGGCAUUUAGCAAGUCCUGUACUGGGAGACUAGCUGAAACAAUACAAGUGGAUCGUCAUAGCCAGGGUUUUAAGCGAGAAGCUAACCGUGUAGGGGAGGACCUCUGCCCAAGGAGGUUCAGAAGAGCAAACUGUGCGCGCUCCGGUGCCAGGGCGCUGGGCUUACAGGCAAGAGUGUGUAGCUCUGCGGGGAGACGCGGGGGCAGCCGGAGCUGGGCUCAGGGCAAGCCCCGGGAGCAAAAUGGGGAGGACACACAGGGAGGAACGGGUCAGCUCGCAGGACUCACCUGGUCAUGUUGGCUCCGGGCAGCUGCCACCGUCUUCCGAGCAGCCACCAGUACUUUACUCCAGCGCCUUUGCGCCCCGCCACGGCCGUACAGCCCGCGCCUGCCCAAGGCACCGCCUCCGGUGCCCAAUUUAAUCCUGAGGAGCAGCGGCUGCUGCCGGGAGCCCCCUUAUUCGCUGUCGCCUCCCGGCCCUCGUGUGGCCAGCCCAGUCCAGAGCGAGGAAGUGGUGGAGAGUCAGCGAGUGAGUCCGAAAAUCCCGAAAUCCAGCAUCCAAAGGAGCGCGUCCCCCCGCCCUCCCUCCACCCCUACUCCUUUCUCCUCGCCUCCGCCUCCUCUUCCCGGGCCGUCCUCCUGGCCCUUUGGAGCCCUCGGCUUCCGCGGCGUUUUCUCCUCCUCUUGCUCCUCCCGCUCGCCCUGUGCUCGCUUCUCGGCUGCCGCUGUGUGUCUCCUCUCCCUCCUCCUGCUGUUCCUCCUCCUCCCGCUCCUCGAAGCUCCACCGCUCUCGGCUGGGGGGUCCGGGGCAGCGUGUCCUCUCCUCCCUCAGCCUCUCGUUUGCUUCUUCGUGCUGCUGCUUCUUUUAAAGAGGAGUCUUUGGCCGCAAAUAGCAACUCCGCUGCCCCCCUCAGCGCCUUCCGCCCCUUCUCUUCUUCCCCCCAAAAGUGAGGCGCAACCCAGAGUUGUAAUAAUAAAGGAGCGCGCCUUGAUGAGACAGUUUGUGUCCGCCUCACUUCACCUUGGAAGUCUCAUUCAGGAUGCUUGUGGGAUCUACUUUGGAGUCAAGAGAGUAAGAAAGAGAGGCUGCCCAUUUGUUUCCACCAUCUGCAUGCUGUGCGCCUGAGAGGCACUGAAGAAUUGUUCAGUAAUCCUCUGCCCGCUCUGUGCCCCAAAGACAAGUCACAUAGGUUUGAAAGGUGUCUUGCUAAAUGAAGUUUAG